AUGUGGACCCAGACGUGGAGUUUUGCCGGACAGACUUUCUUUUGGCUGCAGGGCUCGUGACUUCCAGCUCCUCCUUACUGUGGUGUAGAGAAGCAGCAGGAUUUUAAAGCUGUCUUCAGGUCUCUCUAGUGGAAAUUAAGGAACCUUGCAGAGUAACAGUUCCUGCAGGAAACAAUGAGCGAUAUACUGGAAGAUGGUUCUUUCAUGUUCACCUCAGAAUCAGUGGGAGAGGGACAUCCAGAUAAGAUUUGUGACCAGAUCAGUGAUGCUGUCCUGGACGCACAUCUGAAGCAUGACCCAGAUGCUAAAGUGGCCUGUGAAACUGUUUGUAAGACCGGCAUGGUGCUUCUUUGUGGUGAGAUCACAUCCCGGGCAAACGUGGACUAUCAGAAGGUGGUGAGGGAUACCAUCAAACAUAUUGGGUACGACGACUCUGAAAAAGGUUUUGACUAUAAGACGUGUAAUGUGCUAGUGGCUCUGGAGCAGCAGAGCCCAGACAUCGCCCAGGGGGUCCACAUUGACAGACAACAAGAGGACAUAGGAGCAGGAGACCAGGGUCUGAUGUUCGGCUAUGCCACAGAUGAAACAGAGGAGUGCAUGCCUCUUACCAUCGUCCUAGCUCAUAAGCUCAAUGCAAAGAUGGCUGAACUCAGACGCAACGGCACAGUGUUUUGGCUGCGCCCUGACUCUAAAACACAGGUGACGGUACAUUAUGACCAGAAGGAUGGAGCUGUGGUGCCUAAGAGAGUUCACACCAUCGUAAUUUCUGUCCAGCACGACGAUGGCGUCUCUCUGGAGGAGCAGCAGAGAAUCCUGAAAGAGAAGGUGAUAAAAGCUGUGGUUCCCGCUAAAUAUCUGGACGACAAAACCGUGUACCACCUCCAGCCAAGCGGCCGCUUCGUCAUCGGAGGACCACAGGGUGAUGCUGGUGUUACAGGCAGAAAGAUUAUUGUAGACACAUAUGGAGGCUGGGGAGCUCACGGCGGCGGGGCCUUCUCCGGCAAAGACUUCUCAAAAGUGGAUCGCUCUGCUGCUUAUGCUGCUCGCUGGGUGGCAAAGUCUUUGGUCAAAGCCAAACUGUGCAGGAGAGUCCUGGUUCAGGUGUCUUAUGCUAUUGGCGUGGCCCAUCCUCUGUCUAUCUCCUUGUUCACAUACGGCUCCUCCCAGAAAACAGAGUCAGAACUGCUCAAGAUAGUCAACAAGAACUUUGAUCUGCGCCCAGGAGUCAUAGUCAGGGAUCUGGAGCUGAAGAGGCCAAUCUACCAGCAGACGGCCGCGUAUGGCCACUUUGGACGACCAGAGUUUUCUUGGGAGGUACCUAAAGAGCUUGUCUAUUAAGAACUCCACCUUCCUUGUCCCGAUCAACCAUCUUGGAGAAUGAACAAGAUGCCUCUUUAUAGACUGCAACAUCCGACCCUUUUAGAUGCACAUUCAACCCAUUCAGACCAAAGAGCCUUUUAAAACCUGUGAAAACUGCAUGCUGACAGGACUGUAAUAAAUAGAAGCUUUUAUAGAAGCUUCACCUUCGACCUUUUAUGGUAUAUUAAUUUAUCUUAACUUGCCUGAUGUCUGAAUGGGUUACUAAAACUAAAGUUAGGAAAAAUAAAGCUGAGUUCAAGUUGUUUAAGGACAAUUCAAGUGCUAGGAGAUGCUUUCAUGGGAAGAGCUUUAAAAUGCAUGGGUGGUCCAAACCAGCUUCACAACAAACAAACUCUGAAGAUUUUUACUUCUUUACAACUACCUGAGAAAUAUUGUUUUUUAGUUGGCAGUUUACUGCAAUGAAACAACCAUAACUAUUAAUCUUAAAAGAAAACUUCAUGUGUAAAAAUGAAGUUUAAAAAUAACAUUGCAGUCUUAUAAUUGAUACCACCUUUUCCUUUGCUCAGUGUGUCCUUGGCUAUCAAAAGGUUACAGGGAAAUUGUUUCUAUUUCAACAAAAUCCACUCGGUGGGAUUAUCUACUGUAGAUCUCCAUUUUUCAUUUCUUCUGUGAGGGUAACUCAGUUGAGGAAACUACCAGAAAACAGAGCCUUGUGGCACACAGAACUGAAGCUAAAUCCUUUAGUGGACCAGCAAUGUCUGAAUUUAUUUCCAAACCUGACCUAAUCUGCUGUGUUGCAGAUGUGAAUUUCCCUUCAUUUUUACAGACUGCUCUCCUUUUUGCCUAUCUGCAUGUGUAAGUUUGCUGCAUAAUGAAUUAUCUUUGACUGUUUUCGGGUUCACUGCAACCCCAUGUCUGCGUCAUGGCUUUAAAUCUUUUGAUUUAGAGGAGAACAGGGAGGUUUAUUGGAAAAGGGCAUUCAGACAUUUUAAUUUUGAGUUGUCAUUUUUGUUUAAUGUAAUUUAACCCCUCUGAAGAGACUGUAGAGGCACUAAGUGUGUCUGUAUGUGUAUAUAAGAGGUUUUCCUCUAUUUUGAGGUGUUAACUAUCUGUCAUCUUCUGCUUGCUUUAUGGGCAGAGAAAAUUGACAAUGUAAAUAAUGAAACAAUAAAAUGAGUAAAGAUGUAAA